AUGGCUCGCAGGUCUCUUCCCAACAACCUGCUGUAUGGAAGCAUACCAGAAGCAGUCACCUUGCUCACAAACCUCAAGACUUUCGACCUCUCUCGCAACUAUUUCACAGGCCCCAUAGUGAAGCCAGCUGACGUGCUGGCUGUGCUUUCAUACAACUACCUCUCGGGCACUCUGCCUGCUCAGCCGACAGACUUGCUGGAUGCAAACUGCUUCAAACUGGCUGACGGGGAAACCACACCCCUGCAGCGUUCCGAAUCAGAAUGCUUGGCGUUUUGUGGCGUCUCAAUAGGUUCUGUCGCCCCUCUGUGCACGGGGCAUGGGGUGUGUUACCCCGAUGGGCCUAACUUGGUGCCUACCUGCUUGUGUGAUACAUUGCAAGGGUACAACUUGUUUCGACGGGUCUACUGUCUUGUUGAUGAAACGGACCUUGUCUCUCCAGUAGAGGGGGAAAUUAUCCCUGCAUCAACCGUGCUCACAGCAGGAGUGAAAAAGGAGGCAGUAGGAAUGUUCAACCCAGACCCAGUGCCUCUCUUCAUGUAUGAAGCUGGGCGUGUGUACCCAGGCUGUGGGUUCGAGCUGGCCUUCAGUGUCAACUUCACCUUCGCCCUCUCGCCUAAAGGCAGGGCUGUUUCCAACGGCUUCGCUUUUGUCGUUUCGGCGACCAACACAGUGGGGAGCGACGUUGGCGUGGGCUACGGUGGGAUGGACACCCGAAGCAUGGCGGUUGAGUUUGACGUGCUUCAAAACAAGCCGCAAGACACCAUCAAAGUCCCGCACGUGGGGGUGAAUAUCCAGGGCCAGGAGAAAUCAGUCGCAGCUGUGAAGUCCCCGUUCCCACUGGCCAACAAGAAGCCGUACACAGCAUGGGUGGAUUAUGUUCCUCGGGACCCCGGAUUCGUUCGGGUGUUCCUCGCAACAACAGCAGUGAAGCCAAUGAAGACACUGAUAGAGACCCGCCUGUCCCUGUGUGCGGUGCUGAAACCGGGGCCGCCCCAGGCUGUCCCAGAGCAGCCGCGGGCGUUCUACUUUGGCUUCGUGGCAUCCACCACAGUCAAGCCAUUCAUGAUUCAAACCACUACGAGCUCGUACCUGCGCACAGGUGCUCCUCCCCCACCUGCAACAGUCAACAUCAAUCCAGCCUACGGAUUAAAUGUAACGCUGAAUACAUACGUGCCGGUACGAGCAAGCCCCUUCCCGCGCUAUGUGAGUGCGGACUACCGAGUGUCGGCCGGGCAGAAGGACUCGUGGGUCUUCAGGGACCUCCACUCCUGGGACUCCGUGCCCUUCCUGGGCUGGCCCGUCAAGGACCAGGGUGACUGCAGUGAGUUCAGGGUAUGCUCUCUACCCACUAUUAAAGCUACUUCCUGCGCUUCCUUCUGCUCUCCUACAAAUGCAUGCUGGGCAUACGCAGUGGUGUCGAGCAUAGAAGCAGCAUACGGCAUCGCGACAAACCUAGAGGCGCCUAAGCUGUCAGUGGAUUCACUCUUCACAGCCAUGGGCCUCACCACCCAGACAGCCAAAUGCAACGCUGGAGGCUCACCCACUGAUGCCUUUGAGAAACUAAUGGCGCUGCCAAAGGGGGCCAUUACUAUGGACGGCAAUAAGAAAAUCACGUACCCUGUUCAGGGCUUUGAGCGCACCGCAUUCAAGGGGUAUGUCGGGCUUUUGCUGGCAGUGCAGAAGCAGCCAGUGGUGGUUCACAUUGAAGCCACUGUUGCCUCCUUCGCCAAAUACGACGGGACUUUCAAGUACCAGGAUCCUGGCUGCUAUACCGGCAACCUGAACCACGUCGUACUUGUUGUUGGAUACUUCGUUUUGAGGGAUGAUGGGAGUGAGAACCGCAUUGCGCCGCCGUUUUGGAUCAUCCGCAACUCGUGGGGCGAGGAGUGGGGAGACAGGGGCCACAUGCGAAUGGACAUGCAGGGAGGCGAUGGCGUGUGUGGCAUCAACGUGCUGCCUGGCAUCUACCCCAUUGUCAAGACUGACACGUCAGCUUUCCUGAGGUUCAUGGGGUUCAUCCUUCCCUUAUCUCCUCCUGCCCUCUCUCCCUCUCUUCUGUGCCUUCCACUUCCCAAGGACCCAUGCGGCUUGAAGAGCUACAAGGGCGAUGGAAAUCUUCAGCCCAGCAUGAACCCGUGCGGUCGCUUCACCUGCAUGCCCAACCUCAAGACCAACAGCAACACCUGCAACUGCACCAUUCCGGAUCAGACCAAGCAGCCUUUCGUUGAGGCACCAAACGGAUAUGGAAACAUCUGUGUAUAUGUGGACGUGUGUGGGUCGUACUUCAAGAACCCUUGCGCUGUGGGCACAUGCAUCAACGAUGGCAAGGGCGCCUACUCCUGCAUCUGCCCUCCCAACUACGUCCCCAGCCGAACCAUUGACAACUUCCCCACCUGCGACCCAGACAGGUGCUUCUUCUCCCUCGCCUUCCUCUGCCUCUUAUUCUUUCCCACGUGCCCAUUAUUCUCUCCAACAGCCCAGUCCCCCGAACCCCUCGCUGAAUCUCCUGUCAUCCCCUGCACUGCCUUCUUCUACGUUCUCAGUGGCGACACAUGUGUGUCCAUUGCCAGUUCUAUUAAACUCACAAGAGACGAUCUCACAGACCUCAACCCCGGCCUUGACUGCACGCAAACCAUCAAGCCCGGCUGCUCGAUCUGUGUGGAGCGCAACAGAACAUACGCCUACAGCGUCCCUCAGUGUGUGAAAUACGCCACGCUCGCAGCACAGAGCACGUGCGAGAAAUUGCUGCAGGGGUUGGGACUGCCAAGCACUCCUUCCACCUGGGCUGAGCUCUACCGCAACAACCCCGGUCUUGUCUGCUCCAACACCAUCCCUUUCACCACGUCGGCUAUUGGCAACAAACUCGGCGUGCAGGUGUGUCUGCAAGCAGAUUACUGGCCGUUUUUACUCGGAAAAUGCACCAAGGGCCGGCCCAAGAAUGUGUCCCCAUCGCUGACCUGUCCAGGUGCUUACAGCUACUAUGGGGGCACUAUGAGCCAGGCAGCUUCAAAUUUCAAUACCUACAAUGGCAAUGCCUGUGCUGGGAAGGUCGAGGCUAAGUACAUAUGUGUGCCGCGUUAG